CCAUGCCCUUCCACGCGACUAUAUAUAGCGUGUUAGUCUCGCAGACCGAUCGGACGGGUCGAUGAGGGGUUGGUUGCUCUACCCACCAGAAGUAGUUAUUAAAUCACAACAGCCUCACCCCGUGAUUACAACAUCUCCCACAUUUUCCUCUUCGUUCUGGAGAAACCUCGCCAAACAAUCUUCUCUCCACCACGCACCAGACGAGCCCCCUUUGUCGACAAUAUGGCGCCUUUCGGCAAGAUCUACACUUACCCGCAAAACUUUCGCGCCACCCGGGCGCUGGUCGUGGCGGCUAUUAACGGCCUCGAGGUCACCGAGGCCGAGAAUUUCACCAUGGGCGUAACCAACAGAUCUCCCGAGUUCCUCGCCAAGUUCCCCCAUGGUAAGGUGCCGGCCUUCGAGGGCGCCGACGGCUUCACUCUGUCCGAGGGCGCUGCCAUCGCCAUAUACCUCGCACGCUCCGGCCCUAAGGCGGCCCAGCUACUCGGGAGUGACCCCAAGACGUCUGCCCUCAUCGACCAGUGGGUCUUCUUCGCCGAGACCGAGCUGGUCUCCAACGUCAUGACGGCGUUCGCCACGACGAUCUUCAAGAUAAUCCCAUUCGAAGAGGCCAAAUUCAACCAGGUGGCGGCCAACACAGAGCGUGCUGUGAAGAGGCUCGAGCUUCACCUCCAGGGUGGCAAAAAGUUCCUCGUUGGCGACAGUGUCACGCUCGCCGACGUCUUGGUGGCCGGGCCGCUCUUCGCCGGCACCACGUUCUUUAUCGACGCCGAGAUGCGCAAGGACGCCCCGAAUGUCGUCGCUUACCUACAGGGAUUGGCCGCGUUGCCUGAGUUCAAGCCACUCGGACCUCUGUCACUGUGCGAGACUCGCACCAAGCCGUAAUGAACGAAAGUCUGGUCGGCCUGGACCGGCACAGAGAGAGGCAUAAAACGGGCGGGCGAAGCACCAAAUGGUGGCGUAGCCAGAGAACGAUAUUUGUGCCCUAGGGACUACGUCGCCGUUAGAAUAGCUCACGGAAAAUAUAUCCAGUUAAACAACGACCCCCAACGCAACUCUCCUAUUCAUUGACACCAAGCUCCGAAACCCGACCGCGUAUAGAAUG